AUGGCCGAUUCAACCACGUCCUCGUCGUCGCGAAGUGCCACAAAGCGACUCACCAAAGAACUGGGCACCUGGCACGAGGAGCAAAAGAACGAAAAGGGCAUCGAGCGUCUAGAGCCCAUUGGCGAGAAUGACUUGUUCACAUGGGAGGCGGUGAUCAACGGCCAUGGCGUAGGCGGUGGCUACGACGGUGGUCGCUGGCUACUGAACAUUGAACUGCCCUCGAAUUACCCCUACUCGCCCCCGACGAUCAAGUUCGUGACGAAGAUUGUACACCCCAACAUUGCGCUGAACACGGGGGAGAUCUGCCUGGACCUGCUGAAGGAUGCGUGGACGCCGGCGUAUAGCGUGCUGGAGAGCAUCCGGGCCGUGAGGAUGCUGCUGAGCUGUCCAGAGGUGGACAGCCCAUUGAACGUGGAUGUGGCGGCGCUGUUGCGGGGUGGUGAUGUGCUCGGGACGCGCAAGUUGGUGGAAUACUGGUGCUCGGAUGAGACGGGUCGUUACGACGGUCCCUGA